AUGACCAACAUGAAGGGACUGAAGCGCAUUCAGCAGAUGAUUUUCUUCUUCUCGUGGAAGCGCCAAGCUGUGCAGCGACGACUGCAUCGCGUUCGGGAACGACUAGCCUCUAGUCUUUUCAUUACCCACCCGAUUGCUCGUCAACUGCUGUUGAACGUACGAGAGGUCUGCGCUGAGAUCGAAGACGAGGCAGAACGCGAGUAUGUUGAAGCUGACACGAGCUACACACUGGAGCGACUGACUCAUAUUCACCAGGAACGUGUGCGUGAUGUCAAGUCUGCAAUCACCAAGAGAAUCCAAGCGCUUUGUGUGACGAUAGAUGAUGCUACGCGAGACAUCUCACGAUACAAGGAGGAUAAAAAAGGCAGCUACGCUAUCACAGACCAUGAGGCUUUCAGCAAGGCACUGAGAUUAUCCAGUCUUCACGAGAGGAUGUUCAGCUUCUUACGCCUCGUGGAUUGUCACGUCGCUGAAGCUGUUUAUCAGCAUGUGGCUCUCGCUGUACGGUAUCUUCGUGUACGAAUCUGUGGCCAAUCGGGAAUUGUUCAGUGUGUUGGUGUGGAGGAACGCAGUGGGAAGCUGUGUCGCUCUCAAUUGUCAGAGAAUGCCAGUGAAUCGUCAACAUACACACGUGUGAACUACUCCAUCCAAGCACAAGAUAACGAUACGGCUGUUGUUGCUGUUCCUGGCUUGUAUGUGAGUCUAGAGGACGACGUUAAUUUCGAGGGAGAUGUCCAUUCAUCCACGAUACGUUUCGUGCCAGCAAAAGCGGAGAUACUAGAGCUCAUUCAUGCCUUUCUCAUGAACUAUUGCGUCGCUAUGGAUGGAAUGCCUCGUGUAUUGACAGACAAACGUUUUGAGCGUGUAUUGACGCCGUUUGUGCCGUCGACUCGACGUGAAUUUGCCGAAAGUCUGCUGAAGCCAUCGCAUCUUGUUCUGCAGAGUUACGAGUCUGAACUGCGGGAUAUGCGCGCUGCGUUGGAGCGGCACUUCCGACGUCUCGGGAUCCUUCAGCAGGAGCAUCUGCGGUGUGUUCGCGCUAUCAAAGUCGCAGAGAGGGAGUCACCAGUGGAGACUACGCGACGAAAUAACAUCACGCAGAUCACUGAAGCUGAUGAAGAAGAUACUCGACUCCCAGAGCUCCCGGACUUGUCUAGUAGUGCUGCAGCCUACGAACUGACACAGAAGACUUGGAGUCGAUUCGUCCGGUAUGCGAACAGUGCGGCGCCCAUGCUUCAAGUGGGGUAUUUACUGCUGGAUCAGCGCUCGUUUGUCGACAGACUACGCAGCCACGUUUCGAAGCGAGUGGCUGAAAUGGAUGACGCACUGCCUUUGAUCUAUCAGCAGUUCUUGACGAGUCUUUUGAAUGAUGUGGACGGCAGAAUCGAGAAGACUACAAAGAUCCCGACCAAUCUCGAAGAAGCGAAUGCCUGGUUAACACAGGUUACGUCCAUGAUGCCAUCUCAUCCGUUCCGACAGCGACUCGACACGAAGAUUGCGAACCUAGCACGGCUUAGGAUCCUGAUCAAGGAGCGUGGAUUGAUAUCACUGGAACCGGAAGUGCAGGAUGCGAUUCGGAAACUCGAGCUGACGUGGGAAUCUGUCAUCGAGACGCUGUUGGUGUGUCUGGCUCGAGUCGAGGAGAGAGGAAGUGAACACCGUCGAAGCGUCCAAGACGUCAUCACCAAAGUGGAUGAGUAUAUUUCGGAUCAACUGCAGCAUAUUAUCAAGAAGUUUGAUGAGAUUCCGUCUGGCUGUGAAGAGGAGGACGAGAACGGUGUCCCCAGUAGUAGAACUGCGCACUCUGACAGGGAAGAUUUAGUCCAGCAACUUGAAGGCUUGGUGGCGAUGGAUAUCGAGCGAAAGAACGUGGUACAGCAGUUUGAAGACUACGAUCGGGAACACCGAGCCGUCAUGGAUAUGCCUGUAGUGCAGCAAGCAGUCUGGACGUCAUCGUUUUCUAGUACCAGCUCGGAAAAUCUAUCGGCUGUCAGCAUGACAGAUAAACUCCCAAGUGAGUUACUACUGCUGUAUAUUAUCACGUCGUUCGAGCUUCGACAGUGGUUCGAGUCCUGGAAGAAAAUGCAGGACAAAUGGCUCGGCUCCCCCCUUACAGGCGUGCAUCCUGGAACGAUGAUCAACCGAAUUAAGCAGUUCCGUCGACGACUGGGAUACGCUUCUUCUCGACUGUCACGCUUGUCCUCGAUGCUUUUACAGACACUUCCCUUGGAACAGAAUCCACCUCAACACGAUGAUGAAGAUCGCAAGGACUGCGCUUCGUUUGCGAAGAAAGAUUUCGAGCUCAUGCGGGUGUUUGACAGCAGUAUCGAGGAAAUGUCCAACUGCAAUCGCAUCUUCCAGGCGAUCAGCGGUGGGACCUUCUCUGAUGCUCGGUGGACUGCCAUGAACCAGCUACUGAACGUCAAUAGCUCUGGGUCGAAGAGUGGGAGUCACUUGACGCUACGACUGAUGAAGGAAAAGUGUGACGCUGGACAGAUUGAGGCCUUCUUAGACGUCUGUGACGAAUGCAUCGUGGAAGCUAAACUUCACGUCAAGUUAGAGCAGGCUAGGCAACGUCUAGCUCGGAUUGAGGUCCGGGUAGAGGAGACAAACUACAGUGUGAGAUGUGAAGGCAUAGCAGAGGCAUUGGCUCAACUGGACGAGAUCUCCGUGGAUGUGAAUCUCUGUCUAUUCGGUCAGAAUCCGGAAUUGCAACUGUGUCUAGAGUUGCGAACCGAUCUGGAACAAAAAGUAACAGUGUGCGAGCAUAUUCUGUCGUACCAAAAGCACUGGCAGCUGAGAUGUGAAGCAACAAAGCUGCACGAGAUGGACGAAUUCUUCUCCAAGCGCUUCAGUGGCGGUGACGUUGCCUUACCUCGAGGUCAGAAAUCCCACCACAAAGCUGGAUUGAAACAAGAACAGAGUGUGUGGCAAGCGUUCUUGGAUGCGAGUCACGCCUGGAGCGAUCGACUUCGUCGUCUGUUCUUCGUGAAUCCUCCCCAAGUUAAAGUCGAACAAGUAGACAAGAACCGACGCUCUUUGAUCGGAAGAAAAUCAGAGGUGGCAUCGGCUCCAAUGACUCUGAAUCGACGACCAAAACUUGCCACCAAAUCCAUGGGCUGCACGCUCGACGACGUCAUGAAAAGCUUUGAAGAUUUUGAUUUCGAGGCCAACUUUGCAGCCUGUGAACGAGGUAUCGAACUCGUCCACAAGUACCUCAACUCGAUACGAGAGAAAGCCCCUAGAAUGUACUGUCUGGACGAAUCGUCGAUGCUUUGCCUACUGCUACGAGACUCGGACGUCAAGCAACUGCAUCAAUCUCUUGCUAUUUGCUUCCCUCGAGUCCGUCGGUUUGCAGUAACUCGUGCAGCCAAUCGAGUCGGGUCGACUGUCCAAGUAUUUGGCAAACCGGAAGCGUCUGUACGAGCCAGCAAGACUGAGGGAACUAUUGUCAUCAUGGGGAUCGAAGGCGUGCACGAGGAAGCUAAUACAACCGAAAAGAGUGGCCACUUCCGCCUCCCGGUGGCCAAAAUCGGUCGAGUCAAGUUUUGGUUCACGCGACUGGAGGAGGAAAUGUCGUCGAUGGUUCUAUCGGACCUAAAGCGCGCCUUCGAAUGGGUCACUAGUGACUUUGAUAGUGAAGCGUUUGGCGACUACGACUUGCUGCUGCCUCAGUCCAUCGCUACGGCGUUUGGCGACUACGACUUGCUGCUGCCUCAGUCCAUCGCUACGGCGUUUGGCCUUCGAUUCACAUUUGAGAUGAACCAGGUACUACGCUUAGAUCAGCACUAUGCCACGUGUCAGCAGUUGCGCCGUCUCAAAGUGGCUCUGGGGAGGAGAAUGGAAGGCCUUAUAGCUAUGCGCCGACUGGAGAAAACUUUGAACUCUGUACGGCUUGAAAACAUGCUCUUACUUAGUGCGAUGCAGUCCGAAAUUGUGGACCACGUUAUCCAGUUAGUGGAGCAAGGCCAGCAAGAAGACGCUGUGUUCUUCUGGAGCCUGCAGUUCCAGACCAGAAUAUUCGUUGAGUCCAUGGCAGCGACCACCUCUACUGUGCAGCUAAGUCCCAUGAAGCUCAGCAAAAUGGAGAGGAACGAGUUGCUCGCUGGCACUUCCGACUUCGUUAAAUUAAUGUCGUCAAACCACAGUGGACAAGCGAUGAGCUUCUCUGUCUGUUGCCAGGUUGCUCACCUAGAGAUACCGUUGGGUCAAGAGUUUGUGGGUUGGAGUAGACUUGCCGUGUUAUCUCCGUUCACGCAGCGCUGCUCGUACGCGCUCUUCAGUGCUCUGAGGAUGCACCACACUGCUCUGGUUGUGCCAUACAAUGGUGGUCGACCUGGAGCAGACCCUAUUUCGUUGUUGUGGAGCAUAUCGCAGAUCCUAUUGAGACCAUGCUUUGAAUUUGCCUGCGAUCCCAGCGCGGGAGCUACAACCAUCCACCACAUCGGGAAUCUGAUGAGUUUUACGUCAAAACUCAAUGGAUUUCUCAUCGUCCGUCAUCUCCUACAACUCUCGACUGCGCUUGUUGGCGUCGUAAAGGAGAAAAUGCUGCAGCACUUCCAUCGAACUUCUCCUGUUGGGAACUCCAACCCGUAUUAUCCACAGCAACAGGCCGUGACGAACUUACUCGUGCUUCGCAACUCUGGAGGUGUUUGCUAUGGCGCUAGUGCCAUCUUCAUCCCAUUGGCAUCAGCUGAAGAGCUCGAGCAAAGCCAGUUGGUGCAGUCUAUUCGAGCGCAAUUUCGAGCUGUUGCUGUAUGUCGACCGGCCAUCAAGUAUGUUGUCGAGUGUAUGCUCAUCGCUGAUGGAUUCACGUCCGUACAGAUCCAAGAACUCAACGUGGUACAGGCGUUUGAGGCGAUUGGUGCUGGAGAAGCUGGGCCAAUUGGUGUACCCAACGUGGAGCCGUUAAUCUCACGAGUAGUCCACGAAGCUCGACGUCUCCGGGAGCGGUAUCGAGUGAUAUGGAGCGUGACAGAAGCGGUGAAUGGCCCAAGCAUUGACAGCUUAGCAGCCAGUAAGGUGGAGAUUUGCGAAGGACAGCUCAUUUUUCGUGAAGCUUUCCUCUCGGCAAUGCAGCUACUGAUGACUGAAGAGCAGAGUGGUGUCAACACAGCGAUGGAUCACGUAAAUGCUCUGUUGGCUCGUGUGUUUCCGCUGUCUGCGAAUGGCAGAUUAGUUAGUAAAAAUAAAGGAGACGAAGAAGCGGUCGCUGCGGCCGUAACAAUCUACUUGGAGAGUGCGUACGCUCUUCCAGCUGAUUGCGAGGAAUUUGAGCUGGUUAUGGAGCUGUGGCGCGCCCUACACACCUUCCCAGCGGCGUUGGUGUAUGGCUGUCCGGCUAGUGGCAAAACGACUUGUAUCACGACAUUGCAUCGUGCACUCGUGGCACUGGAACUGAGUGAACAGAGCCAAGAAAACGAGGAAAUAGGUAGCACAAACAGCCAGACGCCAUCUCUAACGCAGCUCGUCAUUCUUAACCCGCAGCUGCUGUCACUGGACCAGUUGUACAGCAACAUAGCAACUGCGUGUGGUGUUGAAGACAGCAUGAACUCAAGCUCUUUGAAGUGGGUCCUGGUGGACGGCGAAGUUGGCGGCAGCGUGCUAGAUCGACUCCUGGAAAGCGACAAUCGCACAUGUUUCUCAGCGUCAGCACUCCCCUCCUCCUCAGUUCUGUAUCGCGGCCAAAAUUCCACCGUCAUCUCAGGAGACUACUCGUAUUCAAGCGAUAGUCCUCGGUUAUUAUUUGAAGUGACAAGCGUGGCAAACCUGUCGCCGUCUGCACUUCGAAAGUGCUGGGCGUUGCAUGUUCCCGGGCACUGUAUUACCGUUGCAAGUAUCCUCCGUGUAUGGCGUUCUAGAUGGGAAAAUCAACUGGUGUUCUCCCCAGAUUCACGUGGAUUUGAGGCGAUGGCUGUGGUGUUUAGGACUGUGGAUAUUCUCAUUUCGAGGAUUUGCAUGCGUUUUGCCAUUGAGGAAGUAACACCGGAUAGAGUUGAUGAAGAGAUGACAAAUACCGCAGAAAUUAGACUGGGCUGCCUCGCGCUGAAUCACGUUACGCAGACAGCCUUGACAAUGGUGUCGCUAUGCUGUCUACAAAACAAGUCGCUGUUGCAGGAACUAGCAUACUCCCGUCUUGUCGAACUCGUGGCGUUUGCAGUACUUUGGGGCAUUGCUGGUCAUCUACCGGGCUCGUGUCGAAUCAAACUAGAAAAUUAUGUGCGGACCAAGAGCAAGGAGUACAGCGAAAUCAAGCAUUUGGCGGAACUACAGCGCAGUCUUCUGGAUGCAACGUGCUUUGAAGACGUCUGGGAUGAACUACAACCGAGGUUUGCAUCCGUUUUAAGCGCCCAACCUGCCAAUGGAGUGAAGACUCAAGUCAAGAUGAAGAGCGCUUUUGACUCUACCAGUGGGCAAGUGUUGGUGUUGAUGCCAGCCGCGAUAUCGUUAAUACGGGUGUGUACGAUGCUCGUUCAUUCUUCACAUUCGUUUUUGCUAGUCGGACCUGCUGCUAGUGGGAAGACAUCGUUGCUUCGUUGGCUUCUGCUUCGUAACAGGGAGGUUGAAGCAGCAAGGAUGAAGAUUGAGACGUCGUUAGAUGAAAGACAUGUGCACGGUAUUCUGGACUGGACAAGCGUUCCUGCAGCCUGGUUUCGUCCUCUGAGCCAACAUGACACUGGUGCAAGUUCUCGAGCUAAGAUGCGGGAAGAGACGGAGCUGUUUGGUGCGAGAUCGACACACUCGUUCGUUUUCUUGGAUGACUUGGACGCACAGAGUAUCGACAAAACACAAGUUGAGUUUGUUCGAACGAUGCUGGACCAUCGAGUGGGUUACAGCACAAAGCGCGGAGGAUUUCAAAAUUUGGAGAAACGUGUUGGGGCAGGAAUGCGUCUCAAUGACUCGGACUCUAGACUUUCCUCAAUGUUAGCACGGUUUACACGUCACUUUGUGGUUUUGAGAGUCCCGACGUACACACAGAAAGAGCUUCUGAGCUUGUUCCGUGUCAAAUUUCUGCAGUAUUUUAAUGCUGACCUGCCUCAAGUGAUCAAUGACCGUCGGCUUUCCGCGAAAGGCGACAUGGGCGGUGGAGGACAGCAGCUUCCACUCGAGGAAGUAGUUCUUCGAGCAAGUGUCGACUUUGCCGUGGAGAUGGCAGCCUUCCAACAACUGGGGCAUACUGAACAUCCUUGUCUUGCGCUGUUUAACUUUCAUCAUGUGAAUAUGUUGCUGGAACGAACACUUGUGUUCGCUCGUGAGUUAUCUGCGGCCAACACGACAGCAAGCGAGGGAACGACACUCGUGCAACUCGGCAAGGCGCAUCAAAGCUGGUUAAGCGAAUUGAAGAACAUUUUCCUCUCCAACUGUCCUGUACAACAAUCUCUGGAGGCCGCACAAGUGAAGAUGGAGAAUACACCAGCGAGUGAUGAUAUGCAGAAGAAGAUAUUGACGUUAGUGCGUCAUCUAAGCGAAAAGUACUUCAGCGUGGCAUUCCGAGGGAAUAACGAGCACAAUUUCCCCAUUUCAGUCGAGACACUGCAUUUCUUGGUCCAGUUAGCUGAAAACCACACCCAGGCUCCACUAUUGCAGCCUCGUUUGGUGCAGCUUCGUGAGUUGCUGAAUGACCAAAUGACGGCAGCUAACGGAGUCUCUCGACGCUCGUCGGACCAAAUACGAAGCGCAAUUAGUGGUGUCAACUCGCUGUCUUCACCAACGGAGCUGGUCUCAAGUAUCUUGCUGGAAAUCGCUGCAACCUCCACGAGCUCGGAGGCUGGAAAUGGACUCCAUGACAAGACAAGUCGACCUUAUUCUAAUGGACAAGUGACGAUGUUCCAGAUGAAGCUCUUACUCAGCAGUUCAUGGUGUCUAACGCAAGUUACGCACCUGAUCCACGCGCUAAGCACGCACCAGAUAGUCUUGUCUUCGUCAUCGCGACACGGUCGAUUAUUAUCGGACAGAUUGCUGCGGUUUGCAUGCGAUCUCCACGGCUUUAAAGUCCACACGAUUGACUCUCAAUGCACAGACCAAGGUCAAGUCAUUCGAACCAUUCUAGGAGCCGCAGGCGUCCGUCAAGAGCGAGUUGCGUUGUGGAUUCGAGAGCGACAGCUCACUCCAAGAACAAAGUGUUUGUUGGAUAUUAUCCAAGAGAUUUGUCUUGGCAAACUCCCGUCGUUAGCGUUGCUUCCAGGCGGUGAAGAGCUACGCGAUGAACUUGUCCUCAGCUGCAUUCAGUCUCGCAAACAGCUCGAAAUUGUGACUGAAACAGAGCUCAUGACGGAGUUUCAACAGCGACUACAAACGAAUCUUCGUCUCUGCAUUCUCCAAGAGAGCGAUGGCAAUGAAGAGCGAGAACAAUCACCAAGCUUAGAUCUCCUACACUGGGUGAAAACGAGACCUUCCUGUCAUUGGCGUCGAUUGGAUUUCAUUGGGUUUGAGCUGCAGCGAUUCAUUCCAGAGAUGGCGAAAGCUGCAUUAGCAUCGCCUGCUCUGUGUGGAGUUGGUUGGGAUCUGCAUCAAGUGGUCAAGUACGCGAAUUUGUGCCAAAAUGUGUAUUUGUUCAUGAUGCGUGCUUCGCGCACAGCAGUAGAUCCAGCCUCUCAAGUGGACUAUUUCCUGUCCUUCAUGACCAACGUGGCGGUCACGUACAGAGCGAAGCUCCAGAGUCGCCAACAGAACAUCUUGCGACUUACAACUGCAUUGGAGACUCUGGCAUUUGCUAGGGACAAGGUUGUGCCGACACUUGAACGUCUUAAGCAAGAGUUUGAGCUUCAGUGUGCACAUAUCGGCAAUGAACUGACGAGAAUUUGUCUCGAAUUGGAGGGAAUUUCUCUCCAACAAGAGACCGAGAUACGGGAUAACAAUGCUGCUGAUCAACACGACGGUCCUGUGGAUGAUGAAUUUACUAUUGAUCCGGACGUGGAGGAAGCUCGAUGGGUACUGCAGUCAGCGUACGAAGAACUUAAGAUGAGGAAUACUGAGACUAAGCUACGGUUGGAGCAAGUAUCACGGUUCUUAGCGGAAUGGUACCACAUUGUGGAACGAAUGAAGAAAAUAUUCACAAAAUGGACAUACGAAUUAGACCAAGAGCAACGCAAAACAGAGCAUGAGAUAGUGGGUGUUGCUGUGUACUCCAGUGCUCUGCGAGCAUACACGCACGUGACGUCGUUAUCCGCAUCAAAGCGGGACACUUGUCUGAGUCUCCUUAGCGGUCUCAUUCUUGAAAAUAUAGUUGACGGCUGUAGUCAAGGUAUUGAGAAACGUCUAGUAAAUGGCUCAAUUGAUGACUCGGAAGACGACAGCAUCGCAGUUAUGCGUUUGAUAUGGACGUCGCGGUUCUCGUUCCUUCGCAAUCCGGACAUUUACCACACAUUCCGACUGGCUGACGAGAUGGGUGACCGAGUUCCCGUCCUUGUAGACCCCUCGGGUGUUUUGCAAAGGUUCUUGGUGCAUAUCUUCUCGGGUCACACGUUGUUCACCACAUUCCCUGGCUGUGGUGGCUCUGGGGACGUCGAAAGCGAGCACCCCAGCGAAUCCAAGAAAUCAAUGGUGAUUUCCUGUGACGACCCCAAGCUCGAGGACUAUUUGCAAGAAGCUCUGCGUCUAGGCCUCCCUGUUCUGUUAGUCAACUUCCGCAGCACAGAUUCCGUCUUACUGGACCGCCUGCAACUUUUUCUCGACCAAGCUCGACUAUCUCACGCUCCACCUCGUCGUUCAAUGCUACGCGAACUUACUAUGGAAUACUACGAGGACCAACGAAGACAAAGGCAGAGGCGGACUUCAAAUGCCGGUGCUGCAGUGGAGAGUGUGCCUUCUGUUGCGUACACAGGGACUACCGGGGCGAUAAUGAUGGCUAGACGCGCUGUCAAAGCAAGCCAGCAUAGACUGGCGAGUGAUCCUGCAGCUGUUGCGGCCGCUGUGUCUGCACUGACUCCAGCUUCUGGCGAUAAUAAGACAACCGAUCGUCGUGAUGCCCGACGCAAAAGUCAAGUGUUGAGUGGCAAUACGAGCAGUGGGCGCGGUUUCCAGCUCUUCACUGUUACAGACACGGUCGUUCCUUUAGAGGUUCAGCAUUCCCUGGCAGCUCAGUUUGCACAUUUUAGUGUAUCGCUGUCUGAUUCAGAUCUGGAGACUUUGUUUGAGCUCCCUCGAGUUGGUAAAACCCAGCCAACUUUACUCCAGGAGCUUCGAGAUGAGCAAGUAGGACUGGCAGAUUGCUGGAUGAAGAAGAUUCUGAGUCGUGGUCAGCUUGAUCAGCUACUUGCGGCGUUAAAGCCAGACGCCGAUCACGAUGACUCUCCUUUUGCGACUAGGAGAAGGAACCAAGUCACGAUCCAACUCCAAGAGCGGUAUAGUGAACUUGCACUGCACCUGGCGAAUGACUAUCAAGCUGAGCUUGUAUGGAGAUCUCGCGAACAGAAUCUACAAGCAAAAUAUGCUGAACUAGAGGUUGCCACUAAAGUUUUCGCUCCGAUGGCACUUCAACUGGUAAAUGUUGGUCGAUGUAUGGCUGCAGUGUCGUCGUCUUGUACGAUUGGAGCUCGAAUAACGCCAUUUUACUUGCAAAACUUCCGUUAUCUUGAAAAUGCUUCAACCCAGCAACUAGCAGUGCAAGGCGAUGACAGUUCGCAGCUCGAAUCUCACGGCUUAGCAGCUCUCUUGGUUCGGAUUAACUCUGGACUCGUUUCAGACUCGCAUCGUCAAAUUUUCUACUUCCUCGAGCUAAUACAAAGGCAAAUGCAAGCACUAAGAUCACCGGCGUGGAGUGAAGCUCUAAUAUGGCUAAUUACUAGCAACGUCCGAAGAUCAAAAUUAAAAGACUCGGCGUCACUUAAUCUCCUUAAUACCAGCGGUGAAAAGCGUCUGCGACUCGGGAUUCCACGUGGGAACUCACUGAAAUGCUCUGUGGAUUCAGGCGCAUCUUUGGUCGAGCGUUUACGACGGCGCGUCAAGUUGUGCGCGUAUCUUUUCAAUGGCUGGAAGGCUUCGCGUGGUAACAAUGUUCGUGGUAAGCCAGGGAAAGCUCCACGGUCUCAACUUGACGGGUCUACCGUAAAUACACAACAUGAUGGCUUGGAGAAAGUUGACAAUGAUUCAAGCACUGACAACAGGGAACUUGUAGUUGAACAUCUUCAGGUGAAGCUCGACAAGCUUCUGGCUGAUUCCGAGACGAUGUGGUACGAAUGGAAGACAAAGAGACUUCGGUCGCAGCUAGAUGUGGAGCAUCUCAUCAGCGGUCUCGGUGGUCAAGAAGUGUCGAGUUCUAGUGCCGUCGAGCGGAACAAAAACUCAUUUUCUAGCGCAAUAACUCUCGUUGGGCUGGAGGAAUUAUCGGCUCGAUUCAAGAUGAACGCUACGUCAACACUAGACGAUGAUAGUACUGCAAAGCAGCGCGCUUUGGUGCGACUACUGCUCGCCAAAACGUUCUUCCCGUUCAGCUUCACCCAGGCACUAGUUCACUACUCUCAAGUGAGCGGUCACGCUAGUAGCCCCGAGCUUGAUUCUCCUGGGGAUGAUGAGGCUGCUAAGCGGUGGACAGCGUGGCCAUCUCCUGCAUCGCUCGUUGUCGACGUCGCUCCACCAAGAGGCAAACACAGUAGAGCACAUCUACCGAGAGCGCUCAUUAUGUAUAUGCCGGACGAACGCAGCAACGUAGAGUUGAUAUUCUCUGCUUGGAGCAUCGCUUCUUUCAUGGAUGUCAGUGGCGAUAACGUCUCUCUUCGUGAAGAAUUGGUCAUGUUGAUCACAACCAAACACAAGUUUGUGUUGGAGUUACUGGACGCUAGACAUGCGGAGUCAGCACUGUCGUUAGUAUCGAAGCUGAUUAAUGAGCACGCGCUGUUAUCGUUACCCGAGUGGUAUAUCCUAGCGCCAUUCGAAGUGGCUACAACGAUACAGAACGGGAAACUCGCAGUGAUGGAUCGGAUUGCUGUAUUUUCACCUUCAAGCCUGUCCCAACUCGACUUUGUCGACCGUGGUCGUCGUACUGAACAAAUCGUCAGACAGAAGCUAGUGGAAGAGUACGGCGCUUCAGAAUCUGUGGCCUCAGCUCUGACGCUUGCUGUAUUGACUCAACACCGUCAGGUUGAGCGUGAGUCGAUGAGCUCUGUGGUUCGAGAUCUAGAUGAUAUCGUGCUUCAAUUCUCGGCUAUUGAGGAGGUCGCUGUAGAUGUAGUCGAGCGUGAGCAGAUGACGGAUAAUCUACUUCGACUAGUCGAGCCUCCUCCCAACGAUCAUUACGUCACGACACGCAGCGAUGCAACGCAGGCAGCGAGACUCUCCGCAGAACUACUGAGCGAUAUCGUGUGUGUUGGGAGCUCAUCGCUUGCGAUACUAACACAAGAAGCAGAAGAAGAGUGGCUACCUCGACACUCCAUCACUGACGGCGUAGCUUCAUGUGACCAGCUGUGGACCAAUUUUUGCCAAAUUCGAGACCUUUUUCAGGCUCUCCAAACAGCCAUCACGCUUCCUAUCGACCCAAAUAUCGACUUAAAUGGAGCAGCUUUAUUCUUCCCGUGGCAAUCUUUUGCUUCUGAAUUGGCAAUCCAAUUCUCUGCGUUCGAGGCGAUCCACAAACACCUCACACUCCUCCGGACAACAGCAACUUCUAACCGUCAGCUGCUUUCGUCGCUAGCUCGAGGCUUCGUACCAUUCGAAUGGAUUGAGAGUUUCUUCGCAGGAACUGCGUGGCCGCCUCAAGCGAGUGGAAUCGUAUCCGUUGCUCAAAUUCUACUCCUGGUUGCUUGUCGUGUCGGUGUACUGGUGCGUUGUAUCCGUGGGGAUCGUGCCUGGGCUCUCAACUUGGCGGUAGUGGGCAAUGCCCAUGCAUUUCUCCGAUGCCUUCGUACUUACACCGCAGCUCGUUCAGGUGUCUCUGAAUCAUCACUCGUGUUGAUCCUUGAGUUGGAUUCUUCGGACGCUAUCAAUGACGAGAACGAGAAGAAGAAGAAAGUGAUGGCAAUCGCCAAACAAUUUGGAGCGAUGUUACGUAGAGACAAACGGGAGAGUGACUGGCAUGGGGCCGUUUUGCAGCAUUCCGAUAGUGACGUUGAGUCGUGGGGUAUUCGAGUGGAAGGGCUAGUAUUGGUGUCGGCCACGAAGCUGUACCCACUGCCAGUAUCUCGGAUCAUGUGUCAGUGCGGUGUCGACACUUUGACUGAAUUCGAGGCACCACUGGUGCUACUACCGUCACUAUCGCCGUAUCAACCAGUACCAACUUUAUCUCAAGAUUUUGAUAGUGCCAACACUGCUGUUCGUAUCGUUCUGGGUCGAUCCAUUAAUUCUGUGGUCGAUAUGGCAUCGAAAAGCGAGGUGAUACAAUACGCGGUUGGGGUGCCAGUGUUUCCAGAGGAUGAUUACAAUGACAAUAACUAG